AUGUCGCACGCACCUUUCCCAGACGUGACGGGUCUGCGAACCUCCGGACCCGGCUUCUCGCGCGUCGGCCAGCAUUGCAAGCUCUUGCAAGUGCAACAUUCGCUUCCACUGCCACCGAGCUCAGCCUUGGCUUUUGCUCAGCACGACCUCAGCCUCGCCAUCCUCUCGGCAUGGUCUGCCAUCCUCUUCCAUUACGGCUCCCACGAGGCGUCCAACAUCGAGGUGCUCCACAUCCCCCAUCAAGGCACCGAAUCGAUCCUCGCUCUCGACUUUGACAAACAGCGCGAGCUCACAGACUACACACCGGCACAGCUCGCAAGUACUGUCGAUGCAGCCAGGCAAAGGCGCACUCCUACAGACAGCCUCGAGCUCGGCUAUGCUGCUUUCUAUGAGGCUGCCGACGCACACCAACCAUCCAGCCGCUUUGACCAGCUCGAGCUCAGCACAAGACCCGAAAUCUCGCUCGCCCUCUCCUUCCACCUUCCGCAGCCCGACCAGCUCCUCCUUGAACUCAAGGCCGCCCCCGCCGUCCACUCGGAACAGUCGGCUCUGCUUCAGCUUCGCCAGGUCGCAGCUCUCCUCGAGUCCUACCGCGCAGACGCUCACCAACAUGCCUUGUCCGUAGAGCGCUUCGACUGGAGCCUGCGCGCUGCCGACAAUCCCAACUACGCCCAUCUGCCAGACCCGGAGCAUCUGCAGGGCCAACAUGCAGACAGGCUCGAAACCGAGUUCGAAUACUUUGCCAACACCACGCCCGACGCGCUUGCCCUCGACUUCCGCUUCGACCUCAACGAUCAUCGCUCCACAAAGUGGACCUACGCAGAGAUGAACCAGCGCGCAGAAAAGGUCAAGCAGCUUCUCUGGAGCCACGGCAUCGGCUCCGCCAGCUCCGAUCCAAACCAAGACCACAUCGUCGCCCUCUACCUCGAAAAGAGCCCAGAGACCUACCUCUCCUUCAUCGGCGUGCUCAAGGCCGGAGCUGCCUGGUGUCCCAUCGAUACCGACUGGCCCGCCUCCCGAAGGCAAGCGCUCCUUGCAAAGUCCAACGCAAAGGUCGUCCUCACCCACGACGACAACAUCUCCAAGCAGCUUCAAGACGACCUGCAGAGCGACGACGUCAAGAGCAAAGGCGGCAUGAAGGCCAUCCGUCUCGAUCAGCUCGACGACGAGCUGCAGCACAUCCACACGCCAGCUGAACCUUUCGAUUCUCGUGACAUACACCAGCUCGCCUACAUGAUCUGGACCUCUGGCACCACCGGCCUCCCCAAAGGUGUCGGCAUCCAGCACGAAGCCAUCAUCCAGGCCAUGCGUGCCCUUCGCCUCUACAUCCCCUACGGCAAGGACAAGAUCGGCACAGACCAGAUCCGCUACCUCCAGUACUCGGCCUACAACUUUGACCUCUCCAUCAUGGACUGCUUCUACACCUGGGGGCUCGGCGGCACCAUCUGCUCCUGCCCACGCGGCGUCCUCCUCCAAGAUCUCGUCGAAGUUGGCAACAGCAUCCAGCCCACCCACACGCUCCUGACGCCCGCCGUUAUGGCCAUGACCGAGCGCCAUCGCGUGCCGAGCCUAAAGGUCGUCAUCUCCGGAGGCGAGAAGCUCAGCCAGGUCGUCGCAGACGAAUGGAGCAAAGACUGCUGUCUCCUCAACCUCUACGGCCCCGCUGAAGCCACGCUCAUUGCCAUGAAUCGCCGCGUGCCCUUCGGCGACCGUGUCAAGGCUCCCAACAUUGGCGUCGCACUUCCCACCGUCUCCUGCCAUGCGCUCGACAAGCACGAUCGCGUCGUCAUCAAGGGCGCCGUCGGUGAGCUCGUGCUCGGCGGACCCCAGCUCGCACGCGGAUACGUCGGCGAUCCCGUCAAGACCGCCGACAAGUUCUUCCCGCACCCGCAGCUCGGCCGCGUCUAUCGCACCGGCGACCUCGUGCGUCAGCUCGAUAAUCAGGAGUUCGAGUACCUCGGACGCAUCGAUGACCAGGUCAAGAUCAACGGCAUCCGCAUCGAGCUCCUCGAAAUCAACGCCGCCAUCAAGAACAGCCACGACCACAUCAAGGACUCCGAGACCAUGGCCUUUCCCAAGAAGGACAACGAAAGCGAGCAGCAGAUCAUCAACUUUUCCGCUCUGCCCGGCGGCAACCCCGGCGAGCUCCUGCGCACCGACGACGACGCCGUCAGCGUCGCACGCCAAUUGCAGAUCAAUGCCAAGCAGAACCUGCCCUCCUACAUGGUGCCAAACCUGUUUGUCAUUCUCUCGCACUUCCCGCGCACGUCCAGUGCAAAGAUCGAUCGCGUCGCGCUCAAGAACGUCCUGGCCACAUUUGACCAGCUCGAUUGGGAGAACAAGCUCGCCAAUGACGGCGAUGCCGACGAACAAGCACAGCCUUCGGAGGCGGAAGCCUGCCUGCGCAAGUGGCUCGCCAAGCUGUGCAACGUCGAUGCGGCCAAGAUCGGGCGCAAGACGCCGUUCACCAGCGUCGGCCUCGACUCCAUCCGAGCCAUGUCCUUCUCCCAGCGCGUCUCGCAAGAAGGCUUUUCGGUCUCCGUCCUCGACGUCGCCCGCUACCCGACUCUCAAGGCUUUGGGUGAGCAUCUGGCGAGCUCGCAGUCCAGCUCCACCGAGCGUGCAGAGCGCGCGGCUGAGUUCCUCGCUCGAUGGGAUGCUGCCUUCCGCCAGCCCGUCGUCCAAUGGCUGCGUCAAAAGGCCGAGUCAAAGUGCGAUGGAGCCGAGAUCCAGUCAGUGCUUCCGUGCACGCCUCUGCAGGAGGGUAUGCUGGCCGAGUCUCAACGCGAUGCGUCGAGUUACCGCAUCCAACGCCAAUACCAGCUGCCAGCUGGUUGCGAGUUGGAUCGCCUUCGUCACGCCCUCAUCCGCACUGUCGAAAACUUUGACAGUAUGCGAACUUCGUUCGUCGACGUCGGCUCCCUCGAUGUUGACACGGGCAGCCAGCAAUGGCCUUUCCAGCCGCACUUCUUGCAGGUCGUCUGGAAGCACUGCACGCCGGUGAUCGAACAGUUCCAUAUUGGCGAGGAUGAUGAUUGCGAGCAGGCGAUCCUGGCAAGCGCAAAGUCUCUGCGCCUCGACCCCUUUGGCGAUGUUCCACCGGUUGCAUUUCUGCUCGUCACGCAGGGCAGCCAGUCUUCGCUGGUGUUUGUCGCCCACCACAGCACCUACGAUGCCCGCUCGUUGGGCAUCUUUGAGGACUACGUGGAAGCCCUGUAUGAAGGUCAACCACCGCCUCCUUCGCAGCAGUUCUCCGCUGCGCUCUCGCACAUCCUACCGAUCGACGAGAGCGAGGCACGCCGCCACUCGGACAUAUGGACGCAGGCGUUGGCAUCCUACCCCAAGGGCGAAUCCGUGCACUUUCCCGUCCUGUCUCUCAUCAAGCCCCCGCAAGGCGACGCAGCCGAGGCUAACCUGCACGAGUCGCGCUACAGGCAGGCGAGUGUAACGUGGAAAGAUGUUGAGGCCGUUGGUCGCCGUCUUGGUGUCUCUGCGCGUCCUCUGAUUCAAACCGCAUGGGCUGUCGUGCUUUCCGCCUAUAUCGAGUCGCAGCAUCUAGUCCUUGGCGACUCGGUGUCGGGUCGCACCGCCUCCGCUGAGCUCGACCAGGUAUACGGGCCGGUUCUCUCCACCGUGCCUGUGCCCUUCGUCCUUCGCCCUGAACAGACGCUCGAGAGCCUGGUCAAGGACACUCACUCAUUCCAUGCUUCAGUCAUGGAAGCCCAGCAUACAGAUCUCGGUGCCAUUCGCAAGAUGCUUCAGGUUGCGCCUGGCGAGCCUUUGUUCCACUCGGUGUUCGUCUUGGAGCCCGCUCCAUCGCCAGAGAACGAAGCGGACGAAGCGCACUUCCGUCUGUCCAAGCUCGCCGAUCUCGCCGUGGCCACCGAGCACGAGCUCGGUGUCGAGGUCCUUCCGGCAUCGGACGGAUCGAUCCAGCUGGGUCUGAGCUGGCACAAGAGCCUAGUCAGCACCGCUUUCGGCACCUUGCUCCUCGACCAAUUCGAUCGCAGCAUUGCCGCUCUCUGUGCUUCCUCGGACACCAAGAUCGAGGCUUUCCUUCGCGACAGCUCGCAAGACAAGGAGCAGCAGCACCGACUGUAUUCGAUCACCGAAGAGAGCUCGUCCAAGACGGAUCGAUCCGCUACUUUCUCUGGCGUCGCAGACGCUCUGAACCGAGAGGCGAUCGCUGACAAGAGAUGCGCUGUUGAGGUCUACCACGAAGUGGCUGAUUCGGCAUCUCAUCGCCGCGCAGCAGCUUCAAUUUCGUAUCCAGAACUUGAACAGGCCAGCCAGGGCGUGGCAAGUCUGCUGAGGCAUCUGCCGCGCAACUCGGUCGUCGGCGUCUGUCUUGAGCGCAGCCUCGAGAGCUACAUUGCACCACUGGCGAUCUUGAAGGCGGGGCAUGCGUACUUGCCGCUCGAUUCGACUCUGCCGGUGGAGAGGAAGAGGGAGCUUCUUCAAGACAGUGGCGCGGCUCUCCUCAUCAGUUCGGGCGACGAUCUGGUGCCCGAAGCACCGGUCGGCUUAGAGCGACUCAACACCCAGUCUGACCGUUUCAGAGGUGCAGUUCACGCUGUCCAAGGUGGCGACGAAGUGCAAGCGGCCAUGGUAUCGCCGGAUGACGUUGCUUUCAUCAUCUACACCUCUGGCUCGACUGGAAAGCCAAAGGGAUGCCUCUUGACGCAGGCCAAUCUGGCUGCGGCCAUCGACGGAUUCCACACCUCGUACGAGCGCGAGGCGCCGGGCUCGUUCGAACCUCCGGCGCGAUUCCUCGCUCGGUCGGCGGAAGCGUUCGACGUCCACCUUCUCGAGAUCUUCCUCUCGCUCAGGGUCGGAGCGACGAUCGUCACCGGUUCUCGAGCUCUAGUCCACGACGAUAUCGCCAAGACAAUGGCUACGCUCGAGAUCACGCACGCCUGCGUGGUGCCUUCGCUGUUCUUCAGCAAGGGAGACCGAGUCAAGCCGGCUGAUGUGCCUUCGCUCCGCGCACUCAUCAUCGGCGGCGAGGCACUCACACAGGACUUGUGCCAGCUGUGGGGCAGCGACGGGGCGGAGAGACCCGUGGUGCUGAAUGCCUACGGCCCUAGCGAAGCGACCAUCGGCAACUCGGUCGCGCGGGUGAGCAAGCGCUCGCGUCCCAACAACAUCGGCAGGCCAUUCCCGGGAAGCCAGUAUCUCGUGCUCAAACAGAUCUCGGGACGUCUCGUGCCCACCCUGCGCGGUGAACCUGGCGAGCUGUACAUCGGCGGCGAGCAAGUAGCGCAAGGCUACUUGAACCGUCCGGAUUCGGAUUCGUUCGUCGAGUACAACGAACAACGCGUCUACCGUACGGGCGACAUGGUGCGACUGCAUCCCAGCGACGAGGCCGAGUACCUCGGCCGGAUGGACGGAUCCCAGGUCAAGGUCCGAGGUGCGCGUCUGGAGCUUGGCGAGGUGGACGCCGCGCUUUCGACGUGUCUGAACGAGGAGCUCGGCCAGGGCGGCGCAGCGGUCACGAUCCAUUCCGACCACCCCAAACUCGAGGGGCCUGCCCGUCUCGUCUCUUUCUUUGCGCCUCAGACAGCGAGAUUGAAGCAGGACGAGGUCCAGGACAAGUCGUCUUUGCUGUUGCAGGAUGGUCAAGCUGCGGCUCGCGCGGCUGAAUUGAGGAGGCGCGUUCGAGCGCGACUGCCUCAGUACAUUGUCCCGAGCAUCGUGCUUCCGCUUGCCUUGCUUCCGAUCGCCUCGUUAUCCGGCAAGGCAGACAGACGGCUGCUCAAGGAGCUCUAUCACUCCAUUGAUCCAAGCCGUUUGGCAGAUGCCGGCGCCUCGAGCGACCAGCCGAAGAGAGAGCUCACGGACAGCGAGCAGGCUGUGGCUGCAAUCGUGAAGGCCUCGAUCCGUCUGGCUUCGGAAGUCAAGCUCACCCAUGAUCUCGACCUGAUCAUGGCGGGUCUGGACAGUCUGAGUGUCGUGACGCUAUCGAGCCGGCUGCGAAGCAAGGGCUUCCAUAUCUCGGUGGCGUCCAUCAUGAACGACCCGACCAUCGAAGCGAUCGCUCGCCAAGCAAGGAACAGCGACGUAGCCUCAACGAACCAGGGCCAGGAGAAGUGGGACAAGCGCGUCUCGGACUUGACCUCCAAAGCAAGGGAGUUGCCGCAAUUCAGCCAGAUCGCGGUCGAGAUGGCACUCCCCUGUGUCCCGAUGCAGACCGCUCUGAUCUCCCAGGCCAUCGCCAACGAGAGUAGCACGCCGCCUUACAUCACUACCAUCACCAUCGAUGUGGCGAGCCGCGAGUAUUCGCUCGAGCAGAUCCGAGACGCAUGGCUGGGCACGCUCGCCCGACAUGCCAUCUACCGCACGGUCUUUGCAGAGGUCGAGCAGAACCUUGUCCAGGUGGUAUUGGCGCCCGAGGCGGUGCAAGCGAGCUGGUCCGUCGGCGAGGUGGCCAUUCCGACCGGCCCCGAGCUGGCGCAGUAUCACUCCAAGACUGCACGCGAGAUUGUCGCUAGCAUGGACGAGAAGCCUGCGCUUCGUCUCAAGCUGUGGCGCGGUCCGAAUGCGACUCCCGUGCUUUCGUUGACGUGCUCCCAUGCAAUUUAUGACGGCGACUCGAUCCGCAUGCUGUUGCAAGAGGCAUCGGGUCGCCUGACGGGCACACCGAAGGACUCGCAAGCCACGCCAUUUGCAGCCGCUGCGCGCGUCAUUGUCGGAGACGCAGACGACGGAGCGGCGAAGAAGUUCUGGUCCGACAUGCUGUCGGGCUUCUCGCUGAACCCCGUGCCCAAUCUGACCGGUGUGCGUCCCGAGACGCAAGCUAGUCGCAGCAAAGAGCUCGCCAUCGCAUCGUCGAUUCCCUUCUCGAAGCUCGAGGCGGUGGCUAGGGCAGGCAAGGUGACAGUACAGUCGCUUCUCGUCGCAGCCUACGCGAGCCUUCUCGGACUGUAUGUGGGUGAAGACGAUGUGACGCUCGGCUUGGUGCUCUCGGGUCGAAGCGUUCCGGUGGACGACAUUGCGUCCAUCCACGGACCGUGUGUGACUACGGUGCCUCUACGCCUGACCGACGCUCGGUCGGCAAAACUGGACCAGCUGAGCACACGCGCACACCGCGCCAUCAAUGCUCUGCUGCCCUAUCAGCACACGUCGCUGCCUCAGCUGAUGCGCUGGCUCGACCUAUCGCGCACUCCGUUCGAGGCCCUCUUCUCGUACCUGGGUCAGAGCGAGGCAACGUCGCAGCCACCGCUCUUCUCCGAGGCAUCCACCCAGAUGGAACGCGACUAUCCACUGGCCAUCGAGAUCAGCGCUACGGAUGAUGCUAUCAGCCUUCAUCUCGCCUUCGAUGCGAGACUGAUCCCCGCCGAGCAGGCAAAUCUUAUGCUGGCUCAGUACGAGCAGCUUCUUCACACGCUCAUCGACUCGGAGCCUAAGGACGAACACCUGUCCAUUCUCAACAAGGACUGCUAUGUACCCGCGAAUUCGAGCGAGACCAUCAUUUCGCGAUUCGCCGAGCAUGCCCGAGAAACUCCUGACGCACCUGCUGUCGUGUUUGCCUCGAACAUGCAGGAAGCCCCUCGAACCACGUCUUACGCCGAGCUGGAUCAGAUGAGCUCGAACAUCGCGAGCCACUUGGUGGGCAAGCCUGGCAAGUUCAUCGGCAUUCAUCUGCACAAGGAAGGCCCAGAGCUGUACGCUGCGAUCCUGGCCGUCUGGAAGGCAGGCAAGGCGUACCUGCCUCUGGAUCCGACACUGCCAAGCGAGCGUCUGGCGUACAUGAUCGAGUCGGUCGACGACUGUCCCGUCAUCGCCAGUCGCACCACGUCCAAGGGCCUGGCAGACUUCAGCUGUGAAGUGCUGGACCUUGCUGAUCUCGUGGCAACGCGAUGCGACGAGCAGCUGCCAUCGAUCAGCCUGGACGAUCCCUGCUACCUGCUGUUCACAUCCGGAUCGACGGGCAAGCCCAAGGCGGUUCAGAUCAACCAUCGUGCGAUGGCUGGAGCGCUGUUCUCUUGGGAGCGGAUGCUGCCGUUCACAAAGCAGUCGCGCUUCCUGCAGCUCGCCUCGAUCGGCUUUGACGUAUCGUUGAUCGAGGUGUGCAUGCCGUUGUCGCUUGGCUUCUCGAUCGGCACGGCUCCCAAGCAGGAGCUGCUCGAGGAUCUCACGCACGCGAUCCAGCACCUCGGCAUCACCAUCGCCGAUCUGCCCGCCGCUCUGGCUGGCACGGUGCAUCCGGACGACGUGCAGCUCGAAUGGCUCAUGAGCGGAGGCGACGUCAUCGACUCUCGCGUCGUCGACGAGUGGAGCCGCGCGGGCCGUCUGCUCAUCAACGCUUGGGGUCCGACCGAGGCCACGAUCGGCAACACGCUCGGUCCCGUCAAGCCAGGCGCAACGCGCAACGCGAUCGGCCACGUCUAUCCCGCGUCGGCCCUGUACGUGCUCGAAGAGGGCUCGAAACGUAUCCUGCCCUCGGGCGCCAUCGGCGAGCUCGUAGUCGGGGGUCCCCAGGUAGCCGACUGCUACUAUGGCCGUGAGGAGCUGACAGCAGAAAAGUUCAUCCGCCUCGAGGAUGGUAGCCGCGUCUACCGCACAGGUGAUCUUGGACGCUUCCUGCACGACGGCACCGUCGAGUGUCUUGGCCGCAUCGGCUCCGAUCGCCAGGUCAAGGUCAACGGCCAACGCAUGGAGCUCGACGAAGUGUGUGCGGUUCUUGCUGGGCAGGCGGGCGUGCACGAUGCAGACGUGCAGUACCUCAAGCAUCCCUCGAUGGGAUCCAAGCAGCUUGUCGCGUUUGUGGCGCCCGCCGAAAGCCGGCCGGCUAACGGAGACAUGCAUGCACGCGAAGACGACGCUGCGAUGCAGCUGUGCGUGCAACUCGAGCAGGAGGCUUCGAAGCGGCUUGCGGCUUACAUGGUGCCGACGCACUGGAUCGUCACUAGCAGCGCGCUCCCGCUCACGCACAACAACAAGACGGACCACAAGGCGCUCGCUGCGUUCUACGAGCAGAUCGACGCUGCGCUGCUGCGCUCGCUUGGCGCCAAGCGCGAGGGGGCCUCGUCGAACCACGCCUGGACCGAGACGGAGGAGAGGCUGCGCAAGCAGAUCGCCGAGUACUGCGACGUGGCCGAGGACGAGGUGACGCGGAACACGUCGUUCCACCGUCUGGGCAUCGACUCGAUCUCGGCGAUUCGGCUGGUCAAGCAGCUGCGAAAGCUCGGCUACUCGUUCACGGUGGCCGACGUUCUCAGCACACCCAACAUCGCGGCCCUGGCCGAAAGGCAGGCACAGAACUCAGAUGUAUCGGUCAACGGCCACUCGAGCCAAGCAGGCCUCAAGGAGUGGACGAAACGCGUGGAGGAGACCGCAGCUGCUGACGGCUGGAAGCUGGAUGCGGACGAGUCGAUCGUGUCCAUCCUGCCCUGCACGCCGCUGCAGACCGGAAUGAUCGCUCAGUCGCUCGCGUCGGGCGGCAGCCUCUACUUCCACCACCACGCCUUCCAGCUGCGCGGCCUCUCGCCCGAGCACGUGUCGGCAGCGUGGACCAAGCUCGUCGAGCGCCUCGACAUUCUGCGCACCUCGUUCCACGCUGUGGAGGGUGAGCAUGCGUGGGCUCAGACGGUGCAUUCGCGCAUCGAGCCGCGCAUCGUCAUGCACACUGGCAGCAUGGCCCGCCGCGACCUGCACACGCUCGACGGCCAGCUCUCGUUCGAGGACGAGCAAGCUUUCCGCCGACCUCCGCAUGUUCUGCACGUGUGGCCGGCUCACGACGAUUCGCUUGCUCUUAUGCUCAGCAUCCACCAUGCGCUGUACGACGGCACGUCUCUGCCGCAGCUACUCGACGACUUUGAGUGCCUGCUCUUCGGCGACGAGCAGCGUCUUUUCGCGCGUCUGCCGUUCCACGAGCUGGCGCCGUCGCUUCUUUCGCGCGAAGAAGAUGUGCAGCACUGGUCGCAUGCGCUAGCUGGCUUCCAGCCGUGCCUGCUGGCCCCGCAGCCGAGCCAACGCGGCAGCGCGGUUCUGGUCGAGCGCCAGCUGGGCGUGACGGCGUCCGAGCUCGAGUCGCGCUGCCGCACGCUCGGCGUCUCGCCGCAGGUGCUGUGCAACCUCGCGUUCGCCAAGCUGCUAACGCUCGAGAGUGGCUCGCGGGAUGUGUGCUUCGGACAGCUGUUCGGCCUGCUCGACCUCGUCCCGGAGGCCGACACCGCGGUGGGUCCUGCAUUCAACUCGGUCGCCACCCGCAUCCGGUUCGCGAGUCUGGACGAGCCCGUCAAGACGGUGGCGGCGGCACUGCAGACUGCCAACGACGCCGGACGCGCGCAUCGACGAGCGGCGCUGCGCGACGUGCAAGCGGCCAUGGGGCAGGGACAGCUAUUCGAUGCGCUGUUCGACUACCAGCGCGCCUACGACGAUGCGGAGAGCAAGCUGCAGCCCGUCGAGCUGCAGGCAGAAGACGAGGCGGCACAGUACACGCUCAACGUCGCGUUUGUGCAAGGCCCCAGCCGCGUCUCGAUUGUCGCCAAGGCCGACAGUGCGCGCUUCGACCGAGCGGGCCUCGAAGAGAUGGUGCAACGUCUCGAGGCGCUGCUUGAACAUGCGGCUACGCGUGCCGACGAGCGCGUAUCGGCGCUGCCCGAUGCGUGCAAGUCGCUUGCGUUCCCGCAGCACUUGCCCGCCGAAACCAACGGAACGAGGACGGCCUCAGUCAACGGUACGUCGAACGGUACGUCGGACGGAAAGCACGCUGAGCUCGACAGGGACGGCCAGAAGCUGGCGGCGAUCAUCGCGCAAGUGGCUGGUAUCGAGGCGCAUGCGCUGCACGGAGAGACACAGCUGGCGUCGCUCGGGCUCGAUUCGGUGUCGGCGAUCCGCAUUGCAUCGCAGGCGCGCCGGGCCGGCCUCCGCCUCGGCAUGGGCGAAAUCGUCGCUGCCCCGACGAUCAAUGCGCUGGUGUCGCGCUCGGCGCCGCGCACCAACGGACACGGUGCGAACGGGACUGCGAGCAAGCCGCACGUGUCGCCGGCGCUGGCCGAGCGCGUGGCGGCCGAGCUCGGGGUGGAGGCAUCGGAGAUCGAGUGUGUGCUGCCCAAGCUGUGGCUCGCCGCCUGGGCGCAGAAGGCUGGCGCGGGCGGAUUCAGCUUUGCAUACCGGCUGCCCGGGCUGGACGCGCAGCGUGCCCGGACAACGUGGGCACAUCUGCGCGCGACGCACGCGAUCCUACGCACCGCGCUGCUCGUAGGUAACGGCAGCGAGGCACAGGUCGUGCUGGCCGCCAAGGCGCUCGGAGAAACGCCGCACUUUGAAGAGGCGCAUGUGGGCGAGGAGAAUGUGGACGCGACGGUGCGGCAGGUGGUGGCGCAGCAAGCGGCGGCUGGGUGGAAGACGCUGCGUGUGCCGCCAGUGAAGCUCACGGUGGUGGGAGACGUGCUCGUGUUUUCGCUGCACCACGUCGUGUACGAUGCCUUUUCGAUCGAGGCGCUGGUGCGCAACUUUGCUGCGCUGUACCACGGCCGCUCGCCGCGUAGCGCAGCGUCGUGGGUCGAGGCGGUGCAGCACGUCGCUCGCGAGCAGGACGCACUGGUACGCUCGGGCGACGCACAGCGCUUCUGGGCCGAGGCUCUGUCGGGUGGCGAGUCGGCGGUUCUUUCGGCCAGUGCGGCCGCGGGAGGAGAGUCGUUCGAGUCUCUCAAGGGUGCUAUCCGCGUGUCUGACGAUGUGGAGACACGACUGCGCGCGGCACGCGUGUCUCUCCCGGCGCUCGUUCUCGCAGCGUGGGCCACCGAGCUAGGUGCACGUCUCGAACUGCAGCCCGACGCAGCGCCGCUGUUUGGGCUGUACCAGCUGGGCCGAUCGACCUCGUUCGAGGGCAUCGACACGGUGCAGGGGCCGCUGCUCAAUAUGCUGCCCAUGCGGCUGCACGGUGCGAUGCUGGUGGACCGCGCACGGUCUGCAGUUGUCCAGCUGCGGGAGCGGGCGCGCUAUGAGCAGACGUCGCUGAGCGAUGCACACGCCUGGGCUGGGCUGCAGCCGCACGCGUACAAUACCGCGGUGAAUGUGCUGCUCGACUCGCCGGGCGACGGGGCGGAUGAGAUGCAGCCCGUCGACAUCGGCGUACCCACCGAGUAUGCUGGUGUGCAGCAGCAAAGUGCCGAGGAGGUGUGGCAGCCCAAGGUCAGUGUGGAUGUCGUGUUGACGCGCGGUGGGGUGGAUUUGGCCGUCAAGGCUGCUCACGAGGCGUUGGAGGCGCAGCAGCUCAAGGGGUUGCUCGUGUCGCUGACGCGUCGCAUCCAGCAUGCGCUUGACCAGCUGUGA